GCCGUGUUUUGAUUUGGUGUCUGCCAUCAUAACAAACCAGGAUCAGUGAGGUGAACACGAGUGUAGUGAUGGGUCAGAGAGAACAUAGAUCGCCAAUGAAAUCUGACCCUAUCUCUGUGUUUGUCCCCGAAAUGGCAAGCCUGACAGUGCUUACCAUCCUAUUCAUUUGAUUUGAUUUGAUUUGAUUUGGUAUCUGUACUUCUGCUCCCAAACGUAAAACCCUCUGAGCUUUCUAUGAAUUUAACUGAUGGAUUAUGGCUGAGACCCAUUCAUAUCUGACUGAGGUUUGCCUGUGUCGUUUGUGCGCUCGAUCGCCAAGUUCCGAGGAUGAGGCUGAUUUGAGGCCUUUGGACGAGUCCCUCAUUGGCCAAAUUGAGACCUUUUUGCCCAUCCAAGUUUGUUCGGACAUUUUCCCCCCUUGGAUCUGCCAGACGUGUGUGGAGGAGCUAGCCCAAUGGAGUCGUUUCUUGGCCUCGCUCUAUCAAGGCCAAACCAUUUUGAGUCAAACCCUCCAUACUCGAUUAGCCUUGGAGUUGGUGUGGCCUUCAUGGUUGAAGUCGGAUCCCGCCCGUCGAUCUUGGUUCUCAUGGCAUUUCCCGGUCAGAAUCAAGUCCAAGACCCAAAGCAAACGAUCGCCAGAUCCAGAAGAGCAUUGUCUCCCUCAGAUUGAAGAUGGACAUCAGGAACCGCUCAAAAGAACGCGAAAAAUUCCUCAGAGAUUGGCCGAAAGUGUUCGGGGAAGCGAAUUGGACUCCAUGUUUCAAGAAGAAACGGAUCAGGUUCCGUUGGAUUCCACGUUACCCGUGGACCAUGUUCAAGCCUUUGUGGUCCUCAAGGAGACAGAAAGAGUUCAAAUCAAAGCGAAUGAGAUGAACGACAGUACCUGUGAUAUUUGUUCGCAGCUAUUCAACUCGAGUGCACUUCUUAAAGCCCAUAGGGAGUUGCAGCACAAAAAUGUGUUAUACCUAUGUAACGCCCAUGAUUGCUCUCAAAAGUUCCGAACGUUGCCAGCAUUAGCCUUCCAUCAAUCUCAACAAGAGGGCCAUGAAGGUUACUCGAUCAUCAAACCUCAAAACUUGUUGGAAACAAAGAAGAAAAAAAACCGUCCAUCCCAGCAUCAGGAAUUCCGUUGUUCUUUAUGUGCAGCCGUUUUUAAGUUUAGCUAUCUCAGGAAACGCCAUGAAACAUUUGUUCACUCAACGGAGAGACCGUUUCCGUGUCUGGAUUGUGAUAUGAAGUUUAAGACCAAAACCAAUCUGACCGCUCAUCAAAGAAAGCAUACGGGAGAGCAAAAGUAUUUCUGUGAUAUUUGUGGCAAGAGAUUUCCCUACAAAACUUCUUUAACUAGUCACAUUCGAUCGCAUGAAGGAACCAAACCAUUUCAGUGUGAGGUUUGCAACAAGUCAUUUACUCAAAAGGGUAACUUAAAAGAGCACCUUCGUGUUCACACCGGUGAGAAACCAUUUAGUUGCCAUAUUUGCGAUUCGGCUUUCAAGACCUCGUCCCAAAGAACAUUGCACGAGAAACGACAUUUCGAAGAGAAGCCUUGGAAAUGCGAGUUUUGCUCGAAAGCCUUCUUCAACAAAGACACGUGGAAAAUACAUCUCCGACGACACAAGGGUGAAAAGCCAUUUUCAUGUGAUUCCUGUCAGAAAUCUUUUGCCGAUGGUUGGGCUUUGAAGAAGCAUCAACGUUUACACACGGGUGAACGACCUCAUGUAUGCAAAACUUGUGGCAAGGCUUUCUCAGACGCGUCUAAUUUGAACAAACAUCGACGACAUCAUGUGGAAAUAAAAGAUCAACCCACGACCUCAACCAUGUUCACCAUAAUUCAAGCGGGUCUCGAAGGUCAAGAGAGUGGAGGAGAUCUUUCGGGUGGAGAGGCUGCGGAGAGCAUUAUCUAUAUCGCUUAUGACGAUGAAGUCCGUGCGGGGAACGGGCUGGAUCGAACCGGGGUUGUCAAUGAUCCACCGGUAGAACUCCAAAAUGUGGGUGCUGAUCUUCCCGUAUCUUACCCAACGAUGGCAUCAGUAAUUGGUCAAAAUGGAAUGCCAGUAAUUCCAGAUAUUGCGAGUGUUGAGGUUGUUCCAAUGUCUUCCAACGACGUUUUGAAAAUGACCGAGGACAGGCAAGCACCAGAUAUGGUUUUCACCCCUUAGUUUCCAAAAUUCCUUCAGUUGAUAUUGAUAUGCCAGCUGCGAUGCAUUGAUCCAUCUGUGACACUAUUAAGCCUCUUUUGAUAGUUGAGGUAUAAUAAAAACUCUAAAUAUGA